AUGAAUAAUAUCAAACGUGCUAACAAAUCCGAAAUUGAGAAAAUAUUUGUGGAGUUAAGUCACGUGGAAAAGGAAAAUCGAGAUAAAGGAAUUGAAAUACUUUAUGAUUAUAUAAGUAAGAAUAGGAAAUCAUUAAAUGAACAUAAGAUAACAUAUAUAUGUAAGGGUUUAUUUUAUUAUUAUUGGUUAUGUUAUUCCAUGGAAGAACAGAAGAAGGCUGCUUUGAAAAUAUGUAGAUUAAUUCAUAAAUUUAAUAAUAAGAAUAAUAAAAAGAAAAAGAAUGUUUUUCUUUUUGUUCAAUGUUUUUUCCAAGUUAUGUCAAAUAAGUAUGAUAAUUUAGAUAUUCAUCGAUUAAAUAAAUAUUUAUUUUUAUUUAGAGUUUUCCAAGCAGAAAUAUUAAUGUUUUUUCAUAUGAAUGCUUGGAAUAAUCUGUAUCUAAAAAAAUAUAAUAAAAUAUUUUUAGAAUAUUUUGAUGAUACAAGUGAAUUAUAUUAUAAUUAUAUUGAUACAUUUAUAAAAGAAUUUUUGGGAAAUGAAUAUUUUUUAAAAUCCAAAAAACAAGAAGAACCAAAUUAUAAUACCAAACAAUUUUUAUUAUUGAUUGAUCCUUUUUUUAAAAUUUUAUGCAAGACAGAUCAAAAAUAUGUGAUGGAUCUUAUUAACAAGAAGGUUUUUUAUUUUAUAAAAAAAAUGAAACAUAUAAAAAAAAAAUUAUUAAAGAAAAAAAUUAUUAAAUAUAUACAUAUAUGUAAAAUAAAAUAUGGACUCAAAAUCUUGAAAAAUUUUUAUGAUCUAAUUAAUUCAUCCUCAUCAAAAAAAAAAAAACAAAAGGAAAAAGGAAAAGACAAAAAAAAACAAGUUCCAGUUUUUUUGGAAAAUUUCAAAACAGCUUUUCAUACUGAAAAUGAACAAAAUAUUUUGGCUAGUUCUUCAAAAGGAAUACAAAAUGGUAAUAUUAAAAAAAUAGACGAACAAAAUGAAAUACCUAUAUUAAACCAUAUAAAUUUAAAUAAUAAUGACAAAAAAUUUUUAAAAAAUGAAGAUAUGUCAACAGAUAAUGAUAAAGUCAAAGAUAUUAAUGGCCUCCAUCUUAAUAAUGAAUAUGUAACAGAUGAGGAGAGUCAAAAUAAAAAAAUAAAAAAAAAAAAGGAGAUCACCCUUUUGGAUAUAUUAACUAAAGGAGGGAAAAAAAGAAAAGCAAGUGAUGAACAACUCGUUUUGCAAAAAAAAAAUAAAAAGAAUAAAAAAAAUAAAGAAAAGAAUAAAAAUAAAAGCAAAGAUAAAAAGAAAAAUAAAAUAAAAAAAAAAUACAUAAAUGGUAUAUUAAACGAAAAUGAUGAUGAAGAUGAUGAUAUUGACGAUGAUGAUAUUGACGAUGAUGAUGAAGAUGACGAUAAUGAAAAUAAUAAUAAUGAUAAUAAUAAUAAUAAUAAUAAUAAUAAUGACCAUGAUAAUAAUAAUAAUAAUAAUUUUAAUAAUAAUGAUUUUAAUAAUAAGGAUCAUGAUAAUAAUAAUUAUGAUGAUGAUGAUGAUGAUGGUAGUACGUGUACUAGCCAAGUGCCAGUCGAAGAAAUGGAAAAUAAUGCUGAUAAAAAAAAGAAAAGUCUAAAUAAAAAAAUAACUAUUUUUGAAAAAAGACAUGAUGAUGAAUAUAAUUUGAAUGUAAUAAAUAAUAUGCAAAAAAUGUCAAAUGGAAUUAAUAAUAAUAAUCAUGCUGAUUUAAAAAAUGAUGAAGAAAAAGUACCAUUAUAUUUUACCAAUAAUGUAUUAAAUUCGUCUGAUGUAGUAAAUUCCAUAAGAGAAGAUGAAAAUAUAAAUGUAAAAAAAAAAAACAAAACCAAAAAAAAAAAAAAAAAAAAUUUAUAUAUCGAAAGUAAUAGUGAAUAUAAUCAAACGGAUGAAAGUGAAGAAAAUAUUUCAUCAGAUAUUAUAAAUCAUGAAACACAAGAAAUUAAUGGGAAUUCAAAUUUAAUAAAUGGAAAAAAUAAAAAUGUUAUAAAUAAUGGAAAUGUUCUUCUUACACUUAACCCUUUUGAUAUAAAGACAAAAAAUAAGGACACUAUCAUAUUAUCAAAAAAAAAACGAAAAAUAAAUAAAGAAAAUAAGAAAAAAUUAUUACAAAAUAAACUAAAACAAAAAAACCUUCAUAAUCUAGGGAAACAUUCUGUAAAAGAUAUAUGUGAUAAAAAUAAUGUUGUAAGGAAAACAAUUUUAAAAAAAGGAAAAUCAAAAUCUACUGUAACUAAAAAAGUACAUUUUAAUUUAAAGAGAAAUACAAUUGAAUACAUUCCACGUAAUAAAAGGAAAAAUAUUAAUUCAUACUUACUUAUGAAUAAUUUUAGAAAUUUUUUAAAUAUACCCUCAUUUGUAUAA